AUGGAAUCAAGACAACGUGCCAGUAGAGAGCAGUUCUCAAUCAUGAUCGAGUUCAUGGAAAGGCACGGCGAUAACUUGAGGCCCCAUUCCGGUGUUCAAGGACGAUUGAAAAGUGACCAAAUGUGGAAGGAGAGACAAUCAAGUGAGGUGCCCUUUGAGCCGAGCCAAAGAGAGGACAUUCAUGUGGAGGUCCCGUGCAGUCAAAACACGACUUCACGAGUUCCAUCCCCACCAGACACACUACGAGGAAUUUCACCUCUGCCUCCAGUUCCGACACCAUCGUCUCCGCGAAGAACUCCGUCUCCGCCAAAAAGUCCUCCAGUACAAACCCAACGCCUCUCCCGGACUACUUCCGACGCCUUGAUCGACUACUACUACUACUCUGCGCCGAUCAUUACCAAGGGCGUGAAGGAAUAG